UCCAAAUACACAUGAGUGACAGAACAGAGAAAAUAAUAAAAACAGAAAAUAACCCUUGACCCUCUCAAUACUUUAUUAUUCCACCAAACAACUACUACUACUACAUACCAUACACUUCCCUUCUUUACUAACACAAAACCACAAACUCCCUCAAUCCAACAUAACACGUUGUUCUCUACCGACACUUUCAAGAACUAGAGAGAGAAACACAAAAAGAAAAAAAAAAAUUACAUUUAAGAGAGAGAAAGCUUGAGUUUUGGCCAUGGAUUCUCAGAUCUAUGGCGUUACCAAUCUCUUUACCUUCAGUAUCAUACUGUUUUUCUCCAUUACAAGUGCUACAUUUCAAGAAAACCCAAAUGGGGCAACCUUAAAAUCCACAAAUAAUUCAACAACAGUACCACAAAUCAAUUCCAACUCCAUUCUUGUUGCUCUUUUGGAUUCUCACUACACUGAGUUAUCUGAGCUUGUUGAAAAAGCACUUUUACUUCAAACACUUGAAGAAGCUGUUUCUAAACACAACAUUACCAUUUUUGCCCCUAAAAAUGAAGCACUUGAACGUGAUUUAGACCCUGAAUUCAAGCGUUUCUUGCUUGAACCUGGAAAUCUCAAGUCCUUACAAAAUCUAUUACUCUUUCACAUGAUACCCAAGCGCAUUGUGUCCAAACACUGGCCAGCGCGUGUACACGCGACAUUAUGCAACGGAGACGAAAACAAAGUUCAUAUUGCAGAGAAGAAUGGAGAGAAAAUGAUAAGCUCAGCUAAGAUUAUCAAACAAGAUGAUAUUAUCAAACCUGAUGGAAUUAUUCACGGUAUUGAACGUGUUUUGAUACCCAAAUCAGUUCAACAAGAUUUCAACACACGGCGAUCGCUCCGGUCAAUCUCCGCUGUGCUGCCCGAAGGCGCACCAGAGGUUGACCCGAGAACUCACCGGUUGAAGAAACCCGCCCCCGUGCCAGCUGGCGCACCACCUGUGCUGCCAGUUUACGAUGCAUUGGCGCCGGGGCCAUCUCUGGCCCCGGCCCCAGCACCUGGCCCGGGCGGACCCCACCAUCAUUUCGAUGGUGAGAGUCAGGUUAAAGAUUUUAUUCAGACGCUCUUGCACUAUGGUGGUUACAAUGAAUUAGCUGAUAUUCUAGUGAAUUUAACUUCAUUAGCAACAGAAAUGGGGAAGUUAGUGUCAGAAGGGUAUGUUUUAACUGUUCUGGCCCCCAAUGAUGAGGCUAUGGCUAAGCUGACAACUGAUCAGCUUAGCGAGCCAGGGGCGCCAGAACAGAUAAUGUAUUACCAUUUGAUACCGGAGUAUCAAACGGAAGAAAGUAUGUAUAAUUCAGUGAGGAGAUUUGGGAAAGUUAAGUAUGAUACAUUGAGGUUACCACAUAAAGUUGUGGCUGAAGAAGCUGAUGGUUCGGUUAAAUUCGGGGCAGGUGAUGAAGGGUCAGCUUAUUUGUUUGAUCCUGAUAUUUAUACUGAUGGAAGGAUCUCUGUACAAGGGAUUGAUGGUGUUUUGUUCCCUGUGGAGGAAAUUAAGGUUGCUCCUGUAGCUGCCCCUGUUGCUAAGGUUGUUGCAAAGCCAAGAAGAGGAAAGUUGAUGGAAGUAGUAUGUGGUACAUUGGGGUCAUAUGCUUUUGCUAGUUGUCAUUAAAAUUUGUAUACUGAGGAACUUCUGAAGAUAAAGAAUUGAAAGAAAGAAUGGUGAGUGUCUCAAAAUAUGUGUAUUAUGUAUUGUUAGUCUACUUAGAAAAAAUAAUUGGGGGCCAUAAAAAAAUAAAAUAAAAAAUAUUGACAACAUUUUGCUGAAUAAAUGGCAGUUCUUAGGAGGGCUUUUGUUGAUGGUGAUCAUAGCAUAAAAACAUAAAAGGGAAAAGGAGGAGAAAAGUGCUUGGCAUUGAAGUAGAAAACAGACUCCAAAAAAGCAGAGAAGGCAGAAUAUCUUUUGUCUUACUAUUUUGUGAUAAAUACUGUAAUUACCUAUCAAUUUUUUCAUUUGUAUUUAAGUUUGUUUCUGCCGACAGUGUUUGUAUCAAGAAAUUGUACCCCAAAAAGGAAAAAAAAAAAAAAAAAGAAUAAUUCUGCAAAAGCAUCAUCUUUUUUGUA